AUGUGUGACGAGCCGACUACAAAGUCUCCAGCAUCCUCAUUCUUGAGUAUUGGACAUCCAUCAGCAUCAGUAUCAGCAUCUUCAUUAGGAUCAGUUGUUAUUGAUAAUGGAAACCUUGGUUUGGGCAGCAAUAAUAGUAGUAGCAGUAGCAUGAGCAAUAGUGGUGGCGGUCCACCAUCCAACCUGCGAUUGGUCGAUUAUUAUAUAGUAUGCGCAAUGAAUCGAUCCAUUGUUACCAACUCGUUGGAGAAACCAUAUCAAGUGGAGAUCAUCGAGCGAUUCCCCGCGCACAAUCACGAGAAUGUAGCAUUGCCGCCUCAUAUAUGGAUGUUCUGCUUCCCCACAGGUCUAUACAUUAAGAAGGAGCCGCUCGAGCCGGCCCUAUCAACAUACUGUCUCACAGAACUAGACGGCGCAAGAUUCUACGCAGCAUCCCUUGUAUAUUACUCUCAACUUCCGCCAGAGCAUAUUGAGGAAUACAACAUAUCACUAUACUCGCCAGUGUCUAUUAACUUACUGUCGCGAUACCCUUGUUACAAUAUAUUGAAGGAGAUAUUGUGCUACAUUCAUCGCUCAACGCUAGAGCAACAGAGACAUGCACUGCCCUUCGAAAGACUAAUCUCCAAUAUCAUCUAUGAUUUGCCGCGACCCGUUUCUGGCUACCAAUUCAACUUUGUUCUGCCGACACUGUCUGCGUUUCCCACGCAGCAGACGCGCUUCAUCUACAGCCUGCCAAGCUGCUUGACGCUGCCUCAGGUCGACGUGCCAUUCACGUUCAUCUUCAACAUACUUGGCAUACAGGGCGUUCUCAAACUACUGUCACUGGUACUCUAUGAGCGCAAGCUGUUGUUCCUCUCCUCAAACGACUCGCUGCUCACCAUUGCAUGCGAGACCAUCACCAAUCUACUCUAUCCAUUCGUCUGGCCACAUGUAUUCAUACCAAUCCUACCGACUAUUCUGAUCGACUUCCUCCAAGCGCCCACUCCCUUCAUCGUUGGCAUGCAUUACGACAAGGGCAAGGACUUCAGGAUCGACAACAACGAUAUUACUAUAAUCAAUCUAGAUCAACAGACUAUUACUAUACCAAGUGCAAUCACACUUCCACAGCUACCCGAACAGCAAUUGAAGCAACUGUACAAACGACUCAACUUGAUACUUUAUCCGGCGAUGGCCAAUGUCAGUGUGGCCUAUCCAGCCUCGACAACGGCCUCAUCCGGCAUCUCAAUGGACGAUCAGAUACGCGCGGCAUUCAUGGAUUUCUUCCUGGCAUUCUUCAACGAUGUCAACUCUUAUCGCUACCUCCUGAGGAAGUAUCCCAAGCCCAUCACAUCAUUCAACACAUCAUCAUUCCUAAUGAAGAACCAGAACACUGAAGUUGUUAACUUCCUCACGGACCUCAUUGAGACAUCGGCGGUCACAAGAUUCCUCGAUCAGAAUCAAGAGAACACAUCAUUCUUCUAUCAUAUCUGUCAGCUUCAUCUACAAGAGACCACGAGGACACUGUCAACAACAAGUCAGACAGCAUCAUUCUAUGACACAAUCAUUGGACACUUGUCGCGUGUCAACAAGUCACGGAUCGGAACAUUGGAGGAAGUGACAAUUCCUCUUCCAGACGAUGCAGAUCUGUCAACAGAGACGGCGACCACGAUCACCACUGGCGAAGUGGGAAUGAAUGGAGAUAGAGACACACCAGCGUACUCAUACACAUACGACCUCAUGAAAGAGUUGGACGAGGAGAAUUUCUCGCGUCGCAUACCAUUCUCUGUUCAGAUGUCACACAUUCGACACCAGCGACCAUUGUCUAUCACAGCAAAGCCUGUUUCCCCAUCACCUAUGCUUGCACCAGAGUCCACUACAACUGCAACAGAGUCUCUCAAACAUGGAUUCUUUGGAAGCAAACUUAGUGAGAGUCACUUCCGCCGAGGAUCACUCUUCAAGAGCUCACCUCAAUCCACCAUUGUGUUGGCCAACUACCAACAGAGUCAAGUGGCACAGCUCUCAAUCACAUUGAGUGAGGACCAAGAGGUGUUGAAAGACUUUAUCGAUGGAUACAUCGAUCUGAUCUUUGAUGAAGAUGAAGGCUCGACCACCGUGGACUUGGAACAUCAGAACUUACUUUUCAACAUCUUUGCCAUCCGUCGUAGUCGUCACUACUUUGUCGAAUCACUGGCGACCAUCUCCUCCAAGAAGUCAUUCACAUUUGGCAACUGGCGACUCUUCCUCCUCGUCGAGAUCAUCAAAAAGAUCUUCAACGAGUGCGACAAGUCUGCGGACUUCAAGACUGCCUCCACCCUGCUCAUUCGUAUCAAGGAGUUCUACUACAAGGACAACACAAACCUCGAGCCACUCUAUAACCACUUCAUCAAUCUGUCACUUUGGAAGAAUGUCCACUUCUGGGAGUCAUCAUUCUUUGAUUCCGUGCAGUCGUUGCGACGAGAGAAGCUUGGCAGCGUGUUCAACGAUCAGACACUUGAUGAUUGGGAGACACAUUCAGCUGAGAAGCAGCGCACAUUGAUUGAGACUGAGGAGGACAUACUCUUCACAUCUUUGAGUGCCUUCUCACUCCAGAUGAUUAAGCUCAAGGUGUCCACAGUGGAGAUUGGUCGAUUCGUCAGCAAGAUGUCCGUUCUGACGUCUCUUAGCGAUGAACACUCACAAACACUUACCGAGCUCAUUACCAAAAUGUACAAAGCACAAGCCAUCGAGUUCCAGACAGCCGUACCCUCGACCUUAUUUAACAAGUCAGACAUCAAAUAUUUCACAGCAUCAAUGCGAAGGAACAUUGAGAUUGAGAAGGAAGGCGCAAAGCAGAUUUAUACAAAGCUCAUUCAGAUCAAGAGGAAGGAAACGCCACAAACCGGAGAUGAGAGGUCACAUGAUGUCCCGGAGUACCUCGAGACCACCAUCAACAAUGUGAUUGAUACCUCGUCAGAGAAGAGGGACGGAUACUCAGUAACGACUCUCAAAGGAAGCAAGGCGGGCAUAACUUGUGUGGCGAUACACAAUCAACCAAAGUGUAUACUAAGCGGCGAUCUGAGUGGAACGAUCAUGGUGUGGAACUAUGAAGAUGGAAGACAUCUCCAGAAACUGUCCAAUCACAAGGACAGCGUAAGCUGCAUAGGCAUUGGCGACUAUGAUGUGUUUGCCAGUGGCUCCAGAGAUAAGACGCUGCGACUUUGGAACUGUAAUGAGAGUGAGUGGAACUGCGUAUCCACACUUCAAGAACACACAUCCGAGAUAUCAUGUCUGGAGAUGAAGCGUAAUACUGUCCUCACUGGCUCAUAUGAUAGUACUGUCAUUAUGUGGGACGUAAGAACAAACAGGAAGAUCAAGACAUUCACAGGUCACAAGCAGAAUAUCCUAUCGAUUGCGAUUGGAGGCGUUGGGGAUACGUUGGCUGUAUCCACAUCUUGUGAUACAACCAGCAAGAUUUGGGACUUGAGAACACUCAAGUGCCUACACUCAUUGAGCGCACACAAUGACUGGGUGAGCAAAGCUGUGAUCGACGGAAGCAGAUUGUUCACUGCAGGCUAUGACGGAGUGAUCAACAUUUGGGACAUGGUCAAUGGCACACUCACCAAGACACUGAAGGGUCACAAGGGAAGUGUUACAUGUCUCUCUUACAACAACACCAGUGGAGUGCUAUACAGUGGUGGAUCGGACUCAUUCAUUCGUGCAUGGGACCUGACAAAUGGCCUGGUAUCCAAGAUAUACAAAGGUCACAAGGAUGAGAUUGAGUCCAUCCUUGCUGAUGAGGACAAACUGGUGACCAGCUCCAAUGAUCAGACACUGCGCGUGUGGAAUGCGCAUACAUCAAUCUGCACCAAGGUCCUGCGAGGACACAAUGACUACGUUAGACAGCUCACAGCUCCAAAGCAUAACUCACUCACCCGAUUCGUGUCUGGAGGACUAGACGCCACGAUCAAGAUAUGGGAUAUCGAACCUUCGACCACACUGCUCACUCCUCCAACGCUACAGCCCAAGAGCUCCAAGUCUUUCAUUGGCCAUGGCUUGUCAGGCAUGCCUAUUCACUCAGCAUACGACCUAUCCAUGACGACAGAGAAGGCAAAGAGGAAGAACAAACAUAGCAAAAAGGCUAGCGUGGAUAUUUCAGCAUUGAUGUUAUCGCACCACGCCCCGCUCCUCGUCUCUGCUUCCACCAGUAUCUCCCUAUCCUCCUCCAUGCAGAACUUCUCAUCGUCCUCGACUGCCACAGCCCCAGCGACAUCGACCACUACGCCAUCCUCUCUAUCAACCUCAUCAACACCGUCAACUCACAUUUCACCAUCAACUACACCCAACUCUUCAUCACCAGUAGUGUCGCCUCCCAAUAUCAUGUGGCAAGUUGGAUCACCAUCCAACAAGAUACGUCGUUCUGCUGAGCCCCAUGUAUCAAGGUCCAAAGAAGUAAAUGAAUGA